CCCAGAACUGUGUUGCGUGCAAACUAGUAACUGUCAGCGCUUGAAAAGCUAACAAAGUUGAAAGUAGAAAGCAGGCAAAAUGGAUUGUUGCCAAAGGGCAUGUUAGUAUAUAGAUAACUUGAUUUCAGAUGUGAGCACAUACUAAGUUCCUCAAGGAAAGAAGACUCAUUUGUUUCAGCUUUGUGAUUUGCUUACUGCAGUUUACUGCAAUGCUGCUGCUUUUCUUGUCCUUAUUGGGUUUUGCUGCCGGUGGGAAGCUGCUUGUGGUGCCAAUGGAUGGAAGUCACUGGCUCAGCAUGAAGCCGGUGGUAAAUGAGCUGCAGCACAGAGGACAUGAAAUAACUGUUGUCGUGCCGGAAGUAAGCAUGCACAUGGGAACAGCGGAGUCAUUUACUAUAAAAAUGUAUCCUGUACCUUUCACCAAGGAAGAGCUGGAAAGAAUUUUUGUCUCAUUUGUUAAGGGUAUUUUUCAGGAACAGCAUUUUAUAUUAAGGGUUCUAACAAUAAAUGAACAUCUUAAAGAAACCUCUGCAUUUUUCUAUAGCACAUGCACACACUUGCUGUAUAACAAAGAGCUGAUGGACUUCAUAGAAAGGAGCAAUUUUGAUGCUGUCUUUACGGAUCCCAUGUUACCCUGUGGGCAGAUAAUUGCUUUGCAUCUGUCUAUUCCUUCUAUUUUCUUCUUGCGGGAAGUCCCAUGUGGAAUAGACUCUAAGGCUACUCAAUGUCCAGCUCCACCUUCUUACGUCCCAAGAACACUUUUAGCGUAUACAGACCAUAUGACAUUCAUCCAGCGAGUGAAAAAUCAGUUACUCAUCUUGGCAGAGUCUUUUCUUUGUAAUUUUGUUUAUUCACCAUUUGAAAAUCUGGCUUCUGAGUUUCUGCAAAGACCAAUGACAAUGAAGGAGCUUUUAAGUCAUGGAUCUAUUUGGCUGAAAAAAUUUGAUUUUGCUUUUGAGUAUGCUAGGCCAGUGAUGCCAAAUAUGGUCUUUAUUGGAGGCAUAAACUGUGUACAGAAUAAGCCACUGUCUCAGGUUAGUGAUUGGUUUGUUAAGACACACUAGAUUUACAAGGGGAAAUGUUACUGACAAUUAUUUUAUUACAUGUUCAAUGGUGUUUAG